AUGAAUCGUUUGUAUAAUGAAUCACAAGGUUUGGUUCUGAGUGUUUACAUCCUGCAGUAUGCGGUGUGGUUUUUGGCCGACAUGUUAUCUGGGGUCGACUUUUUUCUUCACUUUCGUGUUGAAUGGUCUGAGAGGUUGGUAGCUCCUUCUCCGAUCUGCCCUCCGGAACCUCCAGACCCUCCAGACGUUGUCACCUCCUCCAUACCAUCUCCUCAAGAUUUUCUCCAGAUUUCAACUCUAAAGCUUCCAUGUAAGAUAGCUACUAAGAGUGCAGGUGGUGGUGGUGCUCCCGUGUCUGCAAGUGACACUUUCUUAGCCUAUGAGCUUUUAUCUCCUGUGGUAUACAGGUUUCUAUUUGGAUGUAUCGACUCGCCUUUAUUCAGGUCUUGUUUCGACCUUCCUAUCACUCCUCCUUGUAAGGUCCUUCAUGUACAUCUUAGCUCCUUCUUUUCCAUUUAUUAUGCUACUGUAGAAUGGUUUAGACAGCUAUUUGUGUGGAUGACAUUGGAAUUGGGGUUCAUGACUUUAGCCGGUGAUAUACCGAUGGUUUCAGUUUCAUUUGGUUCUACUUUUGCGACUUCUAGUAGUAUUUUUAUCGCCUUGACGCGAUUGUCUGCUGUAUGCAGCUCUCUUACGAGUUCUAUUCUGGGUGUUGGUGUUAUGGUCGUGUAUCUCUUUUCUUGGUGGCAGGUAGAAGAGAAACUCAUCUUCAUCUUUAGUCCGAUGAAUAUGGAUGUGACGGGUUAUGAUUUCCCGUUUGUCCCUCGUUUGAAUCAGUCUUCUUUCCUAAUAUUUCCUCUUAUAUGGAGUGAAUUGGAUGAACAAGUUUCGUUGGUUUUGCAAGGAUUUUCCUCCCAUCGAAACUAUUUUGUAAAUUAA